AUGGAUUCUAAUCGAGAUACAGCUGAUGAUGCUCAAAGUAAUGUGCCUGUUGAAAGUCGACCCGAGACUCAGGGUCAAGGAGAUGAGUAUGGAGCCGAAGAGUUCCGAGCUAAUGUAAAUGAUGAUCCUGAAAGAGCAGAGUUCUGGCUUGAUAAUACCAUCAGAGUGGUGGAUGAAUUAUCUUGUACUCCAGAAGAAAGUCUCAAAUGUGCUAUCUCAUUGUUGAGAGAUUCGGCUUAUAAUUGGUGGAAAACUUUAGUGUCAGUGGUGCCUAAAGAGAAAGUUACAUGGGAUUUCUUUCAAGAAGAAUUCCGGAAGAAGUAUGUAAGUCAGCGUUUCAUUGAUCAAAAGAGAAAAGAGUUUCUUGAAUUGAAACAAUGGCGCAUGACGGUAGCCGAAUAUGAACGAGAAUUUGUCAAAUCAAGCAAGUAUUCCCAAGAGUGUGUAUCUAAUGAAGCUACAUUGUGCAAAAGGUUUGAAGAUGGAUUAAACGAAGAUAUCCGAUUGCUAGUGGGAAUUCUUGAAAUUAAAGAGUUAGUGGUACUAGUUGAAAGAGCUAUCAAGGUUGAAGAAUUGAGUAAAGAGAAAAGAAAUGUGGAAAGUGAAACAAGAGAUGCAAGAAAAAGAUCAAUGGGCAAGUCAUUUCAGUCUCAAGCGAAGAAGUUCAGAGAAAUGAAUACUCGAUCGAAUGCUUCUAGUGUGAAUUUUCAAAGAGAUCGAGGAAGAUAA